GUAAAGUGGUGAAACAGAAGAGACAAAAAAAAGCCAACCAAAUCAACCACCAAAGACAUAGAAAUUUAACUCAAACGUCAAUGGUUGUUCCCCUGCAUCAUAGAUCCCUCUUUGUCCUUUAUUACACAAUCCUCCAACAACAGCGCUUGCCUUUUUCCUUUUUCACCAAACCCAAAACAGUCUCUCCCCUUAUCUUCUUCUUUACUAAAAAUCAACUUAAAGCUCUUUUCAGUUUCCUUAAACAUGGCUUUGGAUGGUUUUGUCUCCGACCACACCAUAGAUAUGCAAACCCUUGCUUUAAACGAACCCGCAUCAGCUUCAGCCUCAGCCGCCGACGUCGACCACUGGGAAAGAGCCAAAUGCAAGGCCAAGAUAAUGGGACACCCCAUGUACGAUCAGUUGUUGGAAGCACACGUGGCUUGUCUGCGUGUUGCCACGCCUGUUGACCAGCUUGCUAAGAUCGACGCUCAGUUGGCUAGGUCCCAAGAAGUCUUGGCUAAGUACUCAGCCGCUGCCGCUGCUGCUUCUGCCGCUGCUAUUGAAGAAGAACUCGAUCAUUUCAUGACAAAUUAUGUUCUACUGCUUGGUUUCUUUAAAGAACAAUUGCAACAACAUGUUCGUGUUCAUGCAAUGGAAGCAGUUAUGGCUUGUUGGGAUCUUGAGCAAUUACUUCAAAGUUUAACAGGUGUAUCUCCGGGUGAAGGCACUGGUGCAACCAUGUCUGAUGAUGAAGAUGAAGUUGUAGAUAGUGAUACCAGCUUGUUUGAUGGAAGUUUGGACAGGUUUGACAGCAUGGGAUUUGGUCCUCUUGUCCCAUCUGAAACUGAGAGAUCCUUAAUGGAGCGUGUUAGGCAAGAACUGAAGCAUGAGCUGAAACAGGGUUACAAGGAGAAAAUUGUGGACAUUAGAGAGGAAAUUCUGCGUAAGAGAAGAGCUGGGAAACUACCAGGUGAUACCACCUCCUUCUUAAAAGCUUGGUGGCAAUCACAUUCUAAGUGGCCUUACCCAACGGAGGAAGACAAAGCAAGAUUAGUGCAGGAAACAGGAUUGCAAUUAAAACAGAUUAAUAAUUGGUUUAUAAACCAAAGAAAAAGGAAUUGGCAUAGUAACCUCUCUACUCCUAUGAAGAGCAAACGUACGAGGUAGGCUGCUUGUGGAUGUAUGUGUUUCUUGAUCAAAAGGAGCUUUUCUCGAGAACUGGUUGCCACUUUUAAUUUGGAAAAGAAGUAAUGCAGGUUAAACCUGCGGUGAACACUUAAUGUUUGUAAAGAAACUAUCAUAGAAAACUCCAUAUUUCGCUUUCUGUCCAUAUUGGUGGAAAUUCCGCUUCUGACCGAGGGAGAGGCUAUUGCAAUGGGAAAAUCUAGCUAUAAGACAACUUUGGUUAAGUGUUUUAUGUUGUUCAUAUGAUUGGCUGCUGAUAGGCAAUGAUAUCUGUGUAACUAUGUUUCAGAUGCUUGAAUUAGAACAUAUAAGACUGGAAGAAAAGUUUCUCUGCAUUGCAUUAUUGUAGCUUAGAUAGAUCGUUCUGUAAUUUUUCGGCUCUUGCUUUUAUAACUAUGGACAAGAAUGACUGUAAGUCAUGUAUUUAUAAUGUAAUUAUCUACUUGUUCAUACUAAAAAAUGUUUCAACCGGUUAAGUGAUUGACGGUUUCAGGUUCAUCCACGUGUAAAAACUUGUAGGCAGAGACAUGAGGUUUGAGGUGUCUCAUUUUCAAUUGGUCAAAAUUUGUUUGAUACACGGGAGACCGCAGUAUAGGGACAAGGAAAAAUGAUGCAGGUGCUUUGUGGAAUGGAUCCAUGGUUCUGUUUGUACUUUGUAUGUGCUGUAUCAGUGAUUUGCCACUUUUAAAUUAGUUUGUCUGACAGAAUAAGGAUAAACAAGGUCGAUAAAAUUUGUUUAAAGCAACAAUAAUAAAUUAGAAACCGAUGGGUAUCAGCAAUGGAACUUGUGAUCGCAACCGUACUUAUCAGGCAUUUAUUUAAUAAGCAAAAUUUCGUUCAUCAUAAAGCCAGCAAGAAAUCCUGUUUGUGUUGCAGAAUCAGACCAAACUGACAGAGAAGAUUGGCAGAAAGUACAAAGAAACAAAAUCAAAGGUAGAGUCAAAAUCAAUACAGUAUAAAAUCCAACACGAAAAGACAGAAUGCUGCUUCAAAACUUUCCUGGAGUCUCCAGCUGCAUACAUAAAUGUCUAUUAUGCAAAGUAUUUUCAAAUGUUGAGAGACAAUUUGCCCUGAGUAACAUAAUUUCUUUGAUGCAGCAAAAAUAACACAAUUUGCCCUGAGUAACACAAUCUGCAUGCCUCUAUUUUUUUUAUUGAUCAACUUUACCAAGCCUUUGGCUGCCGAAGCAAAAGGAGAGAGUCUCCCUCUUUCUGCUUAGUUUGCAGAACUAUGUUUCAAACUAGAGCUGAGCAAAAACCAUGGAAAAGGCAAGAUAAGAAAUAUCAUGGUUCAAAAUUUUCUUUAUAGUUGCCUAGUUGUAAACAGACCAGUCAUGGUUGUCUACUUUUUAGUUUCGCCAAUAUGGUUCCUCUAAAAACCAGUGUUUUUUCCUAAAUUUUCAUGUCUCCCGUUGUAAAAUAUUCAUUUCUUAUGUCAAGCAAUCAAGGUAUCGCUCAUCUCUUGCCAUCUUUCAACCAGGCAAAGUAACUAAAGGUGUAUAUAUGAAUAUAUGCCUUUUAUAGAUCACUUAAUAGGUGGAUUGCUGACAGCGAAUUUCAAAUCUAGAUCUUACAAGCUAAGUAUUCAAGACCUUACCAAUAAUAGAAUGUCUAGUUUAACAUUUUGUCCCCUAU